GCGCCGCUCGCCGCGGAAGCAGGAAGUGGGACCAAAACAAAGGAGUGGCGGUCGCGAGCGGACCUUCCCGCCCUCGUCUCCCCGCCGCCAGCGCCGCGGCCCGGCCGCCGACCCCAGCAGCCGUCCGCCAUGUCCACCAUGGAGAAACACCUGUUCAACCUGAAGUUCGCGGCCAAAGAACUGAGCAGGAGUGCCAAGAAGUGCGACAAGGAAGAAAAGGCCGAGAAGGCCAAAAUUAAAAAGGCCAUUCAGAAGGGCAACAUGGAAGUGGCGAGGAUCCACGCCGAGAACGCCAUUCGCCAGAAGAACCAGGGCGUGAACUUCCUGAGGAUGAGCGCGCGGGUGGACGCGGUGGCCGCCCGGGUGCAGACGGCCGUGACCAUGGGCAAGGUGACCAAGUCCAUGGCCGGCGUGGUCAAGUCGAUGGACGCGACGCUGAAGACCAUGAACCUGGAGAAGAUCUCCGCGCUGAUGGACAAGUUCGAGCACCAGUUCGAGACGCUGGACGUGCAGACGCAGCAGAUGGAGGACACGAUGAGCAGCACCACCACGCUGACCACGCCCCAGAGCCAGGUGGACCUGCUGCUGCAGGAGAUGGCCGACGAGGCGGGCCUCGACCUCAACAUGGAGCUGCCGCAGGGCCAGACCGGCUCCGUGGGCACCAGCGUGGCCUCGGCCGAGCAGGACGAGCUGUCCCAGCGGCUGGCGCGCCUGCGGGACCAGGUGUGAGGCGGGCGCGCGCGCCGCGCCCUGCGGGGAGCCGAGGCGCCCUUCCGCCGGCCGUCGGGUUUACAGCGUGGAGGGUUCCACCUCCUCCGCCCCUGCCCGGAUCCUGAAGUCCUGUGUUGCUUGUGCUGAUGUGUAUUUUAUAGCUGCCUUUUGACGGGACUAGCUGAAUUGGUGUACAUGGAUCUCGAAAAUUCGAUCCGAAUUGUAUUUCCCACAUAUUCAAGUUCCCAUUUAAGAUGAUCAGAGUGGAGGGGUUUUGUGACGUUAGUGCGAUUGGCGGUGCGUGGGAUGACAGGUGGUGGUGAAAAUGAAAGCGGGGUGGCUGUGCGCUUUGGUUUCGUGCCGUAAACACUUCCUUGGGCGUACUCCCUGGACGUGACGUCUCUCUGGAGCCUUUGUUUUUCUUUGUUCUUGCCAUCAAAGCAGCACUGCAAUUAACUACUGAUUCGUUCUCAUAACUUGUACUACAAUUACCUUAGGAAAUUUUUCAGUAAUACCCUCACGGUUUACAUUCUGUAACUUUUUCAUGUGAUAAUACAGUUUGUGUAACUGGAAAGAAAUACCCCAUAACUUUAUUUAUCAUCAGGAAAAAUUAAAUGUUCGCUUGUAUUUUCUAUUUACUAAGUAGAGUUUUAAAAAGACUUAGAAGAUUUAAUAUUGGGUGAUUUCUAGCUAUUUUCUUAUGUCCACACUCCUGAUAGUGUGUCAGUUUCCUAUGUCCACACUGCUGAUAGUGUGUCAGUUAGCAUAGCACUCAUAUUUACACUCCUAACAUUGCCAAAGAAUUGUUGAUUGGUUUGGGGAAACCCAGGGACUAUGUGUUUAUAGCUUUUGUUUUGAUUUUACCAGCCAAAAAUAGAAAUAAAAUUAGAACUGCAUUUUAAGUUCUAAUUAUUUGCAUUUUUUUUUUUUUUUGUCUUAAAGCAGCAACACUUUAGAAAUUUCAGAAAUACAAGUUGGAAUGUUGAUUUAGCCAUGCAAAUACUGUAACUUGAAUCUGCAUCCAGCCAACUUGAAGCGGGGAGGAAGAGUUGGGCCUGGAAGGGAGACAGGCCGGGUUCCUCGUCCCUGCAGUGCUGCUGCAUGUCUGGGUGCAGAAGUCAAGCGUGUAGCCACCACUUUCCUCAUGGCCACAAGCCAUGGAGAGCAGCAGUUUGCUUUUGCUUGGCAAGUGUGUUAAUCUAAGUUAAGUACUUAAGGUUUUCUUAAAGUCUCCUUCCUUGACUGGUAGAUUUCUCCACAAGAGAAUUCCAGUGUUUGGGAAAGUAAUCGUGUCCCUUCCCAGUUCUCUGAAAGUUUCAUAACCACGUGUUUAUCAUUGUAACUUGUUUUCCAGUGUGAAUGAGUGAAGGGGAAAACUAGCAGGUAUAUGCCACCGAGGACUGACCUCGUGGUUAUGCGUUUAACUGAAUGUGAUCGGGAAGCUGGCUGUAAGGGACACCGGCUUCUGCCCAGCGUCUCUCGAGGGCCCCGUGCCAGGCAGCUGUGUGACCUCCACAUGCGCAGAGGCUGCUCUGUGGGUGCAGCCUGUGUCUUAGGCCUUUUAGACCGGAAAUCUUCAUCACAAACAACAAAAUAGCUUAGUGUCAGCUCUUUUGAUAAGUGAAGACCCUUGUAUAGUGCAUAUAUUCCCAUAAAAAUCUAUUUUGUGAGAUGCAACAAUGCUUGUGUAUGGUUGAACUUUCUUAAAAUGUGUUCAUUUCAUACUAUAUGAAUGUACAUUUUUAUGAAUCAAAUAUUUUCAAAAGCACUACAGGCCCAUGGAUUAUUUCUUCCCUUUUGAAGUGGAUGCAGUGUUGAAAAUUACAGAAAUUUGUUCAAUAAAUCAUUCUAAGCUGCA